UGGAGUUCGUAUUACAAGCAUGUGACUGCAUACACUGGAAUACGUGAUUUUGUCACUAAAAGUAAUCUCACAAAAAUAAUUAUGAACAUCAUAACUGUUGGACUAUUUUGGAACUUAAUAUCCUUAAAAGAAGUUCAAAGUAAAGGAAAUAAGACGGAAUGUAUCGAGGAAAAUGCACAUGUUAAUUGCAGAUUUGUGAAUUCCUGCAAAACAAAGUUUUGGUUACCGUUUGCCGUGUCUAUAACCUCAAUUAUCAUGUUUGCCAUAUUAUUAACCGUCGUAUUCGUUCGAUAUAGAUAUGCUGUUGAGUACUUUUUAUUGAAAUUCAAAAUGAAAAUAAGAAAUUAUAAAGAAUUAAACCAUGAAUAUACUUAUGAUGCUUUUAUAUCAUAUAGUCAUGCAGAUACGCAAUGGAUUAAACAGUUCCAUGACAAUGUUACCGGUAUGGGUUUCGAUUUAUGUCUAGAUACCAAGGACUUUACCUGUGGUCCUGGUAUUGCAGAAAAUAUUAUAAAUGCAAUCGAAUCCAGCAGAAAGGUGAUAUUUAUUAUAACUCACAAUUUCUUAAAGAGUACUUGGGGAUCGUAUGAAAUGGAAAUGACCCGCAUGCAUGCUUUUCAGAAGGGAAGAGAAGACAUGGUAAUUGUUGUUGUAAAGGAUGAGAUAAAGGUAUCCGAUAUGCCGGAAGUAUUAAAGUGUAUGUGGUUUAAAAUUACAUGUAUUCAAUGGCCGAACGAUGACAACCUGCCUUACAAUACGAAAGAAAUAUUUUAUGAAAAGAUAAAAAUGUCUCUCCAAAGGAGGGAGGAUACUACUUUACUGUAUUCUAGAAAUUCAGCUGUAUAGAGCCUUUGCCAUCAUUUCAGAAAUAUAAACUAAUGAUAAGUCCUACUUUUAUAAGUUGGAGUCAAAAGUACGAUUUCCUGCAAAGCUUAUUGACUACAUUAGUUUUGGAUUAACAGUGAUUAAAAUAUUCCAAUGAGACUAAAAAAGGAUUUUUGUUGUUGUGAUAAAUGAUAAUUUUACCUGACGUAGACGUGUGAAAAAUUAAUUUCGAAAUUUUACUUCCAAAAAUUACUUGUGUAAUGCCCGCGUCACACUGUCCCGAUUUUUAUAUACGAUGAACACCCGAAUGCGAUAAUUGUAAGUUCGUACGAAGUUGGUCCCGAUCUCGUUAAAAUACCAAAAAGUGACCGAAGCAAGUACGAUGAAUAACGAAGUCUAUACGAUGGUGCCGAAAUUAUAUACGAUAGCAAAAGACGGACAUACGAAGGUUAACCGAAGACGAGUAUUUAAGCUUCAUAUCUCAGCCGAAUCCUACAAGAUGGAUCACGAAGGUUUCACGAUGGACCACGAAGGCUACACGAUGGAUUAAGAUGAUGGCGCGAUGACCAUACGUUAUUUCUAGUUACUGAAUGUUUUGGUCGAUUUCUAAAAAUAUAGUUUAUGUAUCAAAUAUGCAUAUUCAAUGAUAUGGGGAAAGCAGUAAAUGCGGCAAAAUAUGACAUAUCGAAAACAAAAUGGUUAUGGAGUACACUUUCGUGUGACAACAACUCAGACGAUACAUAAAAAAUCAGAAUAAUGAAGAAAACGUUGGUUUCCCAAUAUACGUGUACCUGCAGUGUUGGUGUACGAGGCGCGUUUAUGAUUUUCAUUAUAUUACUUGAUAUGAAAAAUUGACAAAAAAAUGAUAUUUUAAUUGAAAAAGUAAAUCCUGAGCCUGUAAUAGCUGCUCUUCUUGUUCCAUUUGAAUUAAUAGAAACAACGCUGUCGCCUUUCUUGUUCUCAUAGAAUUAUAUGAAAUAAGCUCCAUGUUUUGUGAAUGACUUUCUUAUCUUUCGUAUUAGACCGACAAGUGCAUAUCGAGCAUGGCACUUUAAAUGCAUUUCAGAGCGAAAAUUAACUCAAAUUUAACUGGAUUUAUUGACGUCGUAGUUCCAUCUUGUCGCCUUCGUACUUUUAUUCGAUGGCAACACGACGGGUUUACGAGGUCUUCACGAAGUCGUGUUGCCAUUGUAAGACCUUCGGGUAUCUUCGUGAUUCAUUCAUGUAGACAUCAUAAUGUCAAAACUGCCCGGUGGAAACGAUGGAAACACGAUUGCAAUACGAUGUUCAAAGAUGCAUUCCCGGUGACAUAACGAUGGUGAGGAUGGUGAUACGAACUCAAUACUUAUCCUCAUCGUCGGACGUACCUUCGAGGAUUUUUUAACAUGUUAAAAAACUUAGAACCCUUCCCGAAGUUGUCCCCGAAGGCUAGAAAAAGUGGCAGAUGGUUCUACGAUGGUUAAAGAUGGCACUACGAAUAGCCUGAUCUGGAUACGAUCAGUCCCGAUUUUGAAAAUUUCCAUAAUCGUGUUGCCAUCGGCGUAAAAAUCGGGACAGUGUGACGCGGGCAUUAUGAAAUAUAACGUCUCAUUUGUGAACUUUCUCUUUUUUCUUCGCCAUAGGCUUUUAAAAAUAAUCUAUGUACUGUGUAUUCGGAAAAUUUUGUGAAAAAGAAGAAGUCGCAAUUUUCACCUUUCAUAUGUUUACUUUCAUUGAUAAAAAAAAAAAAAAAAAUAUCGACUCCUCCAGUG